AUGGAGGCCGUCCCUUCAAUGGACGAUCUCUUGGAUGAGGCCGAAGUGGAGGUUCGAUCGCCGGGCAAUUCCACAUUUCAUUCCACUCUUUCCUCAUUUUCACCAUUCUCCACCCCAAAAACCCAUCGCACACCGCAACAACAAGACGAAAUGAAUACACCGAUUGCUUUCAAAAAGGAAAUCGAUGAGUUACCCAAUCAAUCAAUGAACAAAUCACCCAAUCACCCAGAACAAGUUGAUCGAGUAUUGCCAAUAAGCUCGGAAUUAAAUGGACAUUCAGAUGUUGAGUUGCUUGAGAGGACACAGGAUAUGGAAGAGGAAAAUGAAGAGCAGAUCGAAGAAAAUGAUGAAGAAAUCCCGGUCGAGCCAGCCUCUUCACCCAGCAGAACACCGUCACCGGAAGAGAGGGAAAUCGUGGAAAAACCGAAAGUCAAGAAGUCUCUCUUCUUCCAAGCAACUUCAAACCAGCCAACCAAUGAAGACAAGGAUUUCGAGGAAGCUCUAGCAUAUUUGGGAAUCGAUGAAAAACUCGAUGGUGGCCAGUCAGAGAAAAGUAAAGGUCAAGCCGGCCCAUCAAAGGAGUCAUUAAAUGUAAUUGAAGAAGUUUUACGAGAGCCAACUUGUUCAUCAAAAGAGCCAGUAGAGUCGGGGCCUAGUGAGAAAGUGAUAGAUCACGAUUUAUACGACGAACAACCACAAGAAACCACCAAAGUGAAUGAGAGUUCCUUUGAAGUCGAAGAACACUCAACAUCCUCGGGAUACGAUAAGGAAGAAAUCCUUGGUUGGGUGCAUGAGAUGAUCGAUGAAAUGAUCUACGAAUCAUUGAAAACAAUCGAGUUUUUGCAAGAAGAACAGGAAAUUGAGCAAGAACCACUGGAAGACCAAAUCGAUCAAGAUUCACUCAUAGUCAGUGAUACAAAUGAGGAAAUGAUUGUGGUCGAUGAUCAACCGGGGACAUCUGAAAAAGGGGUUAGUGAAGAAAAAACGAGAGUGCAAGUGAUCGAAGUGGAAAACGUGAAGAUUGAUGUUGUGAAUGAACAAGAAGAAAAUGAGGCUGCUGAAGUAAAAGAAGAGGAGGAAGAUCAUGCAGAGAUGGCCAUUGAGGUUGCUGAAGGUCUCGAUUUUCAUGAUGCUCAACCCGAAGCUGGUCAACGACAACGAUUUGAGGAGCAAGUGAUAGCUGUUGUUCACGAUAUGGCUCAAGAGACAAACCCGAUGCUGCUUACUGAGAGUGAGCUCAAGUUGGGAAAGACAAAACCCUAUUGGAUCCCUGACUCAGAUUGUGUUCUAUGCAUGUUGUGCUCGGUGAAGUUCUCCUUAAUCGUCAGACGCCAUCAUUGUCGCGCGUGUGGUCGAGUGCUUUGUGCGGCUUGUUGCAAUGAGAGAGCCACUCUUGCCUAUCUUGGUGAUGAUGAAAAGAAAAAUAAACAACGGGUCUGCCAACCAUGCUUGACAAUGUUGGACAGGAUCAAAGAGUACGAGAAUGCUGCGGCUUUAGCCGAAGUGAUCGAUGGAGGUGGCAGCUCGCGUACCCGAGGAGUACUCAAAUCCAGACCCAUCGAAGUUAUUGCAGCAAUAGAUGGAGAAGAGCCUGGCCCAAGCAGUUCCCUCAAUCCACCGCCGAUUGCUCUUGAAGGGACAAGUGUCGAAAGGAAAAGAUCCGUUGUCUUCAGAGACGGGAUUCGACCCGGUGACGCUCGAGUAAGCGAUCCGGCAGAACAAUCGGCCGUAAAAGCGCUCAAAAAGAAACCAAGCCGAAAACGAGUGCAUGUAACGCAAAAGUUGGCUUCUUUGAAGUUGGAAGAAGAAAUGGUCUCAUUUUUGCCAAAAGAAGGCGACAAUCUGUACAUCAUCAAGAGUCCAGAUGGAACGAUUCGGAGAAAUCAAAUUGAUGAGAUUGAAAGCCGUUUGAAAGACGACUUGCCCGUGGAGAUAAUUUUGAAGAGAAAUCUCUCUUGUGUCCUUCAACGAGCAAACAAUUCAUCUAAACCGGCAGAACGAAUCUUUUCCGUCUCUUCUAGAGGAUUCUUUGCUGUGGGAAUUGAUGAGAUGGUGUACAUUUGGUCGAUGUCAGGAGAAGUUGAAGAAAACGAGUGCAAAGUGCCAACUGAUGUUCUACAAAGAAUCUCAGAGAUGUUCGAAUCGUGUCUUGAAGUUGAUGGAUCUGGAGUGAGAACAGUGAUUUCUCGUCUCCCAUCGAUUCAUUCAUCAAGCAAUGGUCCAUCAUCUAUCUGUUCAACGCAUAUUCUUGUAUACCGACCGUCCAUUCAAGAGACUCGAUCACUCUCAAUUCAAUGGCCACCACAUCCAUUUGUGAUCGGAAUCUCACUUCACGACAAGGAAUUCAUCUGGGCCCUCGCCUCGCCGAAUCGAUUGCUUUUACGAUUGGGAUUAUUAAAUAGUUGGUACCCUUGUCCACUAAUCAAUGUCCCUGGUAGAGAACCUGUUUAUGGAACUGAUACGAACAAUACUGUUCUAAAAGUAUUUACCGAUUUUCGUGAAUGGUCCUAUCGAAUGCCAAAUGUGCCAGGAAGUUCGGUGAUUUUGAAAGGAAAUGAAACGCUCAUUCGGAUUCCGUAUCUUGCAAAACAGCAGAUAAAAGAAAUCGUCGAAACAAAUAGUCGAAUGAUCGCCUGGCAGUGCGGGAUCGCUCAAGAAGCGGACAGUCAUCUCGUUUGUGUUCAAGAGGGACACUCAUUCACAACUCAGAUAUUAGCGAAAGGACAUUCACGACAAGUUACUGGCGCCACUUUUGUAAUCUUUGAUUCUGGCCUCAAAUCCGCUGAGGACAUCUUUCAGGUAACAAUUGUUGAAGACGGGAUCGCGGUUCGACUCGGUGGAGAGCUUUUGGAGAAGCUCGUUGAGGCGCUAGCUGAGGGAAAAGAUUGGCAAGCCGUUUCGCUAAAGGGCGGUGGUGAGGUGCGAGUACAAUGGAAAGCUUCAAGAUGUUUCUCGGAAUCCUCCCAUUCACAACUUCUCUCACCAAUCGAUGGCCUUUAUCUCGGAGAUCAUUUUCAAUAUGGAUUGUCUCUAUCAAGGGCACUUUCCACGGCUAUUCAGGUGAAUUCCUCUCCAGACUACACAAUUCGUCUCUCCCAUGUUUUCCAUAUGGGAUCAACCCGUAUUCCUUUUGAAGAUGAAGCGAAAAUCUUUAGUGUGGCCGAGAUGAUGGCUCGAGAGUCAGCAAAGUACAUCGAUCAACAUGUGGCUGCUCUGAUGGCAAUGGGAAUUGAUCUAAUCGCGAUUCGUUGUCUUGUCUCUGAUUCGGAUGUUUCUUUGGAUAUUUCUCAAUGGAAUGGAUUGGAGCAAGAAAGAGCCCAUUUCGCCACAUCGAUGGAUCAGCUUCUUCCAAUUCUCUACGGUCUUCUCGAAUAUCUCCCAGGCGGUGUUCAUCUUGAAAUUCAUUUAUCGAUCGUUUCAUCGAAAGAUCCAUUACCUUUUGAU